AUGUCAAAUGGAGGGUAUUUAACCGAUGAGCUUUCACGAAAACAUGAUUUAUAUCAAAGAAUGAGACUUGCAAAGAAAAAUCAUUUGAGUUUAACACAAAGUGCAGCACUACAUGCACCACCAAAUACCAGUGUUGAAACUCAAAGACAGAAGUUAGAGACCGAGCAUGUACCUGACCUUGAUUUGUCUGAUAACGAGCUUUCACAACAACAAGAUUUAUCUCAAAGAAUGAGACGUGCAAAGGAAAAUCAUUGGAGUUUAACACAAAGUGCAGCACUACGUGCACCACCAAAUACCAGUGUUGAAACUCAAAGACAGAAGUAUGAGACCGAGGGUGUCCCUGGCCUUGAUCUGUCUGAUAACGAGUUUUCACGACAACAAGAUUUAUCUCAAAGAAUGAGACGUGCAAAGAAAAAUCAUUCGAAUUUAACACAAAGACAGAUGUAUGAAACUCAAAGACAGAUGUAUGAGACCGAGCCUGACCCCAACCUUGAUGUGUUUGAUUUAGAGCCUUCACAAGUUGUACAACAAAUUAGACUACAUGAACUACAAAAUCAAUUUAGUGCAAUAUGUGCGCUACAAAAUCCAGUUAGCGCACCACAACCCUCACGACCUCCAAAACCUGAAUUUCAAAACUUUCUGCCACCACCACUCGGUGCACAGCCAUUACGUGUACAGCCAAGUCCACUACGUGCACCACCAAAUUCACUUAGUGCACCACCACAACAUGAAUAUCAAAACCUUUCACCACCACAUGUUCAUUACACCAGCCAAAGUGAACGAUCACUAGUUGCCAAUCAAGGUACAGUUAGAGGCAAUAAUAAUGGUAAUUUACAAUAUUACAAUCAAUUUAUUUAUGUGCAACUAUUACACCAUACAUGUAAGUAA